GCGGGGCCUGGGGUCGAGAGCAGAAGCCCCGGGGCGCGAUCCCGCCUGACCCAGCUGAGUGCAGCCGGAGACCCUGCUCACUACUGACCAGCAUGUCCUUCGUCGCGGUGGCCGAGGAUUCGGACUUCCCCAUCCACAACCUGCCUUACGGCGUCUUUUCCACCCCAGGCAACCCAAGGCCAAGGAUCGGUGUGGCCAUUGGCGACCAGAUCCUGGACCUCAGUGUCAUUAAGCACCUCUUCACGGGGCCUGUCCUCUCCAGACACCAGGAUGUCUUCGAUCAGCCCACCCUCAACAGCUUCAUGGGCCUGGGUCAGGCUGCCUGGAAGGAGGCGAGAGCGUUCUUGCAGAACCUGCUGUCCGCCAGCCACGCCAGGCUCCGGGACGACACGGAGCUUCGGAGACGGGCGUUCACUGCCCAGGCUUCAGCUGUGAUGCACCUGCCGGCCGCCAUAGGUGACUACACGGACUUCUACUCGUCCCGGCAGCACGCCACCAACGUGGGGAUCAUGUUCCGCGGCAAGGAGAACGCGCUGAUGCCUAACUGGCUGCACAUUCCCGUGGGCUACCACGGCCGCGCCUCCUCCGUUGUGGUGUCCGGCACCCCGAUCCGCAGGCCCAUGGGCCAGAUGAGACCCGACGACUCUAAGCCGCCCGUCUACGGCGCCUGCAGGCUCUUGGACUUGGAGCUGGAGAUGGCUUUCUUUGUAGGCCCUGGGAACAACUUUGGAGAGCCGAUCCCCAUUUCCAGGGCCCAUGAGCACAUUUUUGGAAUGGUCCUUAUGAACGACUGGAGUGCUCGGGACAUUCAGAAGUGGGAGUAUGUCCCUCUUGGGCCAUUCCUCGGGAAGAGUUUUGGAACCACCAUCUCCCCGUGGGUGGUGCCCAUGGAGGCCCUCAUGCCGUUCGUCGUGCCCAACCCGGAGCAGGACCCCAAGCCCCUCCCGUAUCUGCGCCACGACCGGCCCUACACGUUCGACAUCAGCCUCUCCGUCGCCCUGAAAGGAGAAGGAAUGAGCCGGGCAGCCACGGUGUGCAAGUCCAAUUUUAAGCACAUGUAUUGGACAAUGCUCCAGCAGCUGACCCACCACACCGUCAACGGCUGCAACCUGCGCCCUGGGGACCUGCUGGCUUCUGGAACCAUCAGCGGGCCGGAGCCGGAGAGCUUCGGGUCCCUGCUGGAGCUGUCGUGGAGGGGAACAAAGGCCAUUGACCUGGGGGACGGACACACCAGGAAGUUUCUACUGGACGGCGACGAAGUCAUCAUAACUGGACACUGCCAGGGGAACGGGUACCGCAUCGGCUUUGGCCAGUGUGCCGGGAAAGUGCUGCCCGCCCUCUCGCCCGCGUGACCGUCUCUGCGUUGCUGGACGUGAGGAGCUCCCCACCCUGUCUGGGCGUCAGCGGCUGUCCGUGGGGCUGUGGGCCUGGUGCUUCAUGCAGGGGUGAAUAAAGUCCGUGUGCUCGGCCUUCCCACUC